GUUAUUACAAAUGAAGCUGGUGCAUGUAUUGAUCAUUUAAAAUAAAUACAUUUCAUUCGCAGUUUAUAUAUAAUAAUAGUUUCAUGGAAUACAACAUUCAACUUGAUUAUACCCCUAUGCUUAUGAUAAACUGUAUGCAUUUUCAUGUAUACAUAUAUAUAAGUAAAUAGGUUGGAUGACAAAUUGUCAAAUGUAACUCAGAAGAAUCUCUUAUCCAAAUAUUUUUCAUUUAUGGAAAAAUGAUGUUGACUAUCAUUGGGAUUUUAGUAAACUGUUGGAUUUGGGUUUCUUUUCAUAUACAAUCAUUAGAUGCAUCAUUUCUGCUUCAUCAUAACUUAAAAACUUCUUCGAUAGUUGAAGUGAAUUCACCAUCACCGCCUAUUUUACCGGAACGUUUUUACACUGAAUUUUCUAUUUACUAUACACCAAGAGAUGAUGAUCAAAUGCCUUUGCCACCAUGGCCACAAAUUAUUCCACCACAAUUACCAUAUGCUGUUGGACGUGGUAUGACAUGGUAUGCUAAUGAUUUAAACAUUGCUAUUGAAUAUUAUGAAGAUUAUUGUGUACCAAUAUUUGAACCAACCAGUUAUUUUCCAUGUAUUCUGUUUAACUUCAAUCAUACAGCUUAUUUAAUUGCACCAGUUGAUUCAGGUUAUGGACCAUGUUGUGUAUAUCGUAAAUCAUUUGAUAUACCUAAGAGAAAUUUCAUGGAACAGUUUGCUAAAUAUUAUAAUGGUACAACUGAACAAUUGGGAUUGGGUUUAUUGAAUCAAACUAUUCAAUGGUGGGUUAUACCAUCUGAUAAUGAAAAUCAACAUAAGUAUUAUCUGAAGCAAAGAAAUAAAUCUUCAUUAACUAGUCAUUCAGUUUUCGGUGGUUAUGGAUGGACUGUUGAAAAAUCAAAAAAGUAUGUCAAAAAAUUUUCUGUUGUACAUAAGAUAUUUUAAUGAAUAAUCAUAUCAUGAACGUUUGUUAAUAUUAAGGUUAUCAGAUAUUGAAAGUGAAUAGCAUUUUCAAUGUUGUAGCAUAGAGUUUAAAAAUUAAGCGAUAGAGUAGUGUAAGCGGUAAUACUUAAUAGCUAUCAUAUAAAGCGUCAUUCCCAACUAAUGAUGACCUUAAAUUAAAUGGUAAAUAGUUGUUGUGCCGUUCUGUUUACAUAUAUUCUUUCUGCUUAGUAUGAGUUUUAAUCUUUCUGCUACCUUUUCUUUCAUAAGACGUUGAAGAUUUAUAAAAAGGAAUCGAGAUGUUAUUGAAUAUUAAAUAAUGAUUUGUUAACGUAAACAAGGUUUAUAUUCACUCAAAUCAAAUCUUAUGCCAGUUCUAAGCUUACAUUCACGUCACUUAGAUUCAUAGUUAAGAAAAUUAUCGCUAACCUAUUCGGACACAAAGUAAUUUUGUGAAGUUAGAUUUUACACAUCAAGUUAUUGAUAGUGACUUUCAGUUUCGAAUGAUUGCUAACGAGUUUUAUACAUAUUUAUGCUUGGUUUGAAAUAGUCUUUGAUUUGUAGACAUGAUUCCUCUAGUUUCUGUACUUUAAAAAAUCCAUGAUAUUUCACUUGACAAUUCGCUAAUAAAUAUCAUAUACCGCUCAAAUUAUGAAAUGGAUUCUCCAUUUAAAAAGAUAUUAUAAAUGAUCAUAAAUGGUUCAUUAACAAGUUCAUUUUCAUUAUAUUCAUCUGUUGUAUUAUGGAAUUUAAACAGAUAAUGUUAAUAUUUUAAAAAAUCCUUAGGGGUUACAGUUCCAAUUCUUAUAAAAGUAAAAUGACAAUAUCCUCUUCAGAAAAUGAUCAUUUAACAGGUUAUAAUAAUAUUGAACAGAAAUUACUUCUCAAUCACAUUUACCAAUAAAAUGAUUUUAUUUUAAACUGAAUAAUGUAUUUUAAUUAUAAAGCAUUUAAACGUCAGAAAGAAAAUCAUAAGGUAACUUACAUCACAUAUGGAAUUCAACUAGACGAUCCUUAAACAUGAGGAACUAGUAUUGGAUCACAUUGGGAAUUCUCACCUAAGUUUAUUCUAAAUAAGUGUGUGAUUAUUAUAAAAUGAAAGUUUUCUAAAAAUUCUUCAUUUAGAUGGCUCAUGAGCUGAAGUUGAAAAUCUAAAUGGGUGGAUGUCAACUCAGCGAUUUGAAAUUUAUCAGGUCUCUGUUCAGUCUGAAUGUCCCAUGUUUGCUCACUGAUGAGAUUGUGGGUGCUAACUGAUAAGCCAUGUAUUACGGAUAAGCGGUUAUUCACUGGUUCGUGGUUAUCAAAGUUUGUCUAGCCACAGUCAGAACUUAACGUAAACCUCAAGUUGAACAAUCUUUAUGAACACUCAACGUUAACAGUACAAUCUCGACUGACGUGUUACUAUAGAACCCAACCAACCAUACACGUUGGUAAAGGACUUAGAUACGAAAACAGAAUUGCGUCUAAAUUCUAAAAAAUAUUAAUAAUCACGGAACGAUAAUUGGUAAACCAACUGACAUGGAAACCAAGAUUUCCUAAUUACAUGAUGUUUCAGAUGUGUAUACAAAAAUAUCUUUUUCGUAAAGAACCCUUUUCCAACAUAUAGGAUUUUAUAGUCAUAAUACUCGUAUUAUAAUAACCAUAUUAUACCACUGAUCAUAAUAAAUUUUCUACAAAACGAGUAUACUAAUUGUAGUUCGAACUUCUAUUUAACAAUCCAUCAUUCAUAUAAUGUAGUUACUAAUUAUUGUUAAAUCUCGAUAUUCUUUGUUUUAAGUAAAAUUCGAACGAGGUUUUGUUUUACUUUUGAUUAUUUCCACAUAAUACUGAAAUUAUUAUUGCACUGUUAAAAUUGGCUCCAUCCAUUCCGAUAAUGCACUGAGAAGACGAAGGUCAUCAUCGCAUUAUCAAAAUUUAUCAAAGAGACUAAUUGUUUUAAAUUUCAUACCUAUUCCAUUUAAAUAUCAAGUAAUUUGUGUGACUAACAUGAAAAAUGAUUUACACUCAUAUAUAAUUCAUCCCAACGGGUUUCGCUGAUUCCGAAUACUGUGAAGUUGUAUCUCCUCAUUUCCGUCGCUAUUUGACUGGUCCUCCUGGUCUCCCACAUUGUCCAGACGUUCCACGUACCUAUAAAAAUUGUUGAUCUGGUUAUUAGAAGGAAAAUCUGUCUCAUGAUUUCCUAAGAAUCUCAGCUUUCAACAUGAGACGUCAUAAUUCUUCCUUCAACUCUCAGGGAAUAGUUUAAAUGGUUUAAUUUGUUUAAUCUGGAUGGCGUUUUUUUAACAGGAUUGUUUUCUACAAGAUAGGGUUGCCAACUACACGCCCAACUCUCCUCCUUUACCUGGGCUUGUGAUCGGCAGUAACUUCAGAAAAGCUACGGGCGGAGGACAGCAAAGGCUAGAUACGGGAGAGAUGCUACUGUACUCCAGUCACGAAGAAAGUGCUCCACACACUUAGAAAGUUGCUCUGAUGCUGUCCAAAGAACCACCAAAAACACUUACAGGAUGGGAAUUUCAUGGAUCUAGGAUCAUCAAAGCAUCCUUCAAAAUAAAAAAGGAGGGAUCACAAUGAAUGUUAACUAAUAUGAUGCACUCACCAAUUAUAGAAAUGAAGACGAUAAAGACCAGUUUCACGAGAGGCUGCAAUCGAUCAUAGAGAAUUACCCAGGUAAGGACAUAACCAUCCUGAUGGGAGAUCUAAACGCCAAAGUCGUAAUGGACAACAACAGUUAUGAAAAUAUCAUGCGACGGCAUGAACUGACUGCAAGAAAGGACCAAGAGUGGUGAGAGAUUUCCAUAUUCAUGUGCAUUCAACAAAGUGGUUAUGUGUGGGACAAUAUCUUCCUACAAACACAUACAUAAAGCUACAUGAAUCUCACCGGACCACACUACAACGAAUCAGAUCGAUCAUAUUUGCAUCAGUAAAAAAUCUGGAAGAGCAAUGGAAGAAGUGAGAACCAGGAAAUGAGCUUAAAUGGCUUUAGAUCACCCCUAGCUGGUGUUUGCCAAGAUGAAACUGCAGCUAAAAAAAACCAAUAAACAACUGAAGAAACAGUAUUACAAAGGUUCAAUACAGACUUGCUUCGAACUACUGAAAAACUCAACGAAUUCAAGAGAGCUCUCAACAAAAGUUUGCAUGCCUUACAGGAUCUACUGAAAGAAGAAACUACCAUAAAAUACAACUGCGAAGGGAUCAACGAAGCACUAACUCUAACGUGUCCGGAGGUUCUAGGCUGCAAGAAGCAUCAUCAUAAGGAAUGGAUCUCUAUCGAAACCCUACAC